GCAAAAAAAAGAAAAGCCUGCCUUGUUUUGUAAGCUUUGUGAAUCAGCAAAAUUGAAUAAUAAUUUCAUUACUAGUUGCUUUACUAAUCAACUUGGAACUAGUCAUUUAUCUGUUAUUCGGAAUUUAGUAAAUACUUAUUGGUUGGUGAAAAACCUUGUUGCAACAUCUAAAAUUACUGAUCUUACGUCUUUAACCAAAUAUCAUGUUAAGUGUAUAGAAGAGAUAUAUACUCCAGUAGAAAUUUAUACUCUUGAUUAUCUGUUAUUUGAAUUAUUAGAAGAAUCACAUGCUGAUUAUGGAAGCUACUCUAAUAAAUAUGAAAGUACUACGGUUAUAAUGGAUAAGAAUCUUGUAAUUAUUUCUAAACAUAUUUCAAAAAACUUACUAGUUUAUCAUUAUUUGGGAAUGAUUGAGCUUAAGGAAGGGACAGCAGAUGCUAUUGUCAAUGAAUUAAGUAUUUUUAUACAAGCAAAGAAUUUGCCAAUUGAUCGUCUAAUGAAUAUAGGAAGUGACAAACAUAAUAAUGGUGUUGUUGCUCAAUUUAAAAAAAAAAAUCCUUAUCUUAUAAAACAUCAUUGUAUUUCUUAUCGUUUGGCACUAGCAAGUGAAAAUACGGCAUCUGCAGUUCUAUAUUUAGCUGAAUAUAAUGAUAUUGUUCAAAGUCUUUAUAAUUAUUUUAUAAUCCAAGCACUUCAAGAGGAUUAUAAAAUAUUAAAAACUGCUAGUAUGCUAUUUGAUAUGAUUGAUCAGAAAUUUUUACUUACUACAAGUUUUUUGGCUGAUAUUCUCAGUGAUCUUCAACAAGAUCUUUUGACAAGUAAUAUUCCACCACAUAUACAGCAAUUCGCUCAAGCAACAAUCGAAAAUCUUCAAGCACAUUUUCCCGAUCAUGAAACUACUAAUGUGUUUUAUAUUUUUGACCUGUAUAAUUUGCCAAGAACAAUAUUACCAACUGAAUAUAGAAAUAAAGAAAUUGCAUUAAUUGCUAACUUUUAUGGUACAA